AUGGGCCAACGACUCGUCUUGUUCAAGGUGAUCUUGGCAGUGCAGUGUCCUGUUACCGUAGCUGUGCUGGUCAUGGCAAGGCGUGCGUCGAGAUACCGGUGCCUACCGGUAGCAGCGCCAUGUUUCGGAGAAAAACCCCCCCCCCCCAUUCUGAUUCGAUUCACGGUCGACCACUCCUUCUUCUGA